AUGACGGAUACUUAUCCAAAUCAUCAUGUAUCAUUAAAUACUCCAAUAAAAAAAAUAAGAAGUUUAAAUUUAGGUUCGUCACCAACAAAUAUUAAAAACCAUAAUAAUUUCGAUUUCAAUAGUCAUCAAAACGAAUAUCAAAGCCAAUUACGUUUAAAUCAUGAACAUAAUCAGCAGAAUAAUUUAUAUCCUAAUAUAGUAGAUUUCACUUCACCACCACCACCAAUAUAUAAACAUCAACAACAAAUUCAGCAACACCAACAUCUUCCACAACCACAACCACAAUUAAUGACGAAUAGAGGUUAUUCCAAUAGAUUAACAAAUAAUGUAUUAUCAGAGUUAAAUAAUAGAGCAAAGCAAAUAUCAAUAUUGUCAUCAUCACCAAACAAAGAAGAUUUUGACUCGGCUACUUCAAGAAGAAAUAAAAGAUAUAGUGGAGUUCAUACAACAAAAUUUAAUAAAAUGGAAUCCAUACAAAGUCAUUAUUCUGUUCAUCAACAACAACAACAGCAAAUUCAACAACAACAUACACAAAGAUUGAAAACUCCAUCCCCACAAAAAGACGAAGUUAUAGAGUCAGCAAGUAAAAGAAGAAGAACAUUAAAUGGAAUUAAUGAAAUUGUAGCAAUACCUAUCUUAACAUCAACAAAUCCAACAAAAGAAAGAGAUGAAUCAAUUAGAAAAAUUUCACCCAUACGUAAAAUAUCACCAAGUAAAAAAUCAUUUAAUUUAAAUUCUAUAUUAACAAGACAAACAACGGAGACUGGAUCUCCAAAUAAAGAAUUACUGGAACAGCAAUUAUUUGUUAAUAAUGUACAACAACCUCCAAAAAUACCAACUUUAAAGAAAAGAACAAGCUCAUUAGAAUUAGCAGGAGUAAUUACAUCUUCAAAUGAAAGUAAAAACACAAUAAAAAAUUCAAAUUCUAAUAUGGAUUUAGUUUCUUCUCCAAUCAAAAAUAGUAAUUCAACGACUAAUCUUCAAAAUUCCCACGUCACACAGCCACAACCACCAAAUCAUUUUCAACAACAAUCUAAAAUACCAUCAAUUUCAAGAAGCAGCUCAUCAAUGUUAAAUAAAAAACCUUCAAUUCCUCAAUUACAAAAAAAAUCACUGAUACCCCAAUUGCAGAGAAAGACACUGAUACCCCAAUUACAAAAAAAACCAUCAGUACCCCAAUUUCAUAAUAACAAUAAUUAUAGACCUCAGCAACAACAAUUAAAUAAUAAUCAUGAACAUUUACCACACAGUCAAGUACAACAUCAACAUCAGAAAAAUCCAGCUACAUUAGCAGCUCAACAAGCAAUGAUGAAACCACCAACUUCAUAUACAAAAAUUCCAAAUCAUUCAAAUUUUUCAAAUACUCCAAAUUUAACAAAAAUAAGUCCAUCAAAAUCAUUAUCAUCUUUUAAAAAUGUUUUAACAAAUUCAAAAAAAUAUAAUUCAAAUAUUGGAAUUACUAAUGAUUUAAAAAAAUCAAAUAUUAUAAAAUCAAAAUCUAUAACUAUACCUCAACCUUUUUCAUUAUAUGAUAAACCAACUAUAUCAUCAUCUCAAAAAUCAUUAAGUAAAUUUGAAAGAUUUAAAGAGAGAUAUGAUUAA